GCUGCCAACAAGACUUGUAUAUCCACAGCCAAAAACAUUUAUUGCUUUGAUUGCUCAAUGGCUUUCUUUGCUGGGAAAUCAUGUCUAGUACCAGGAAUCAUCAUUUUUCUGCUCAUCAUUGCAACUGGUGUGCUAAGUAAUGAGUUAAAGGUCAGAUACUCCGUGCCUUAUCGAGCUGUUAUAAAAGGAAACAAUGUCACCCUGCACUGUAUCUUUGAAAACAUGACUGCUGAUAAUAAUAGAGGCAUCAAGUGGUAUAAAAAUGGAAAUCCUCCCACUGAAUUGAAAAACACACUGAACAAUAACCGUGAAGCCUGGCUUAGAAUUUCCAAUGCAAAGAAAUUACAUUCAGGAAUUUACUACUGCAGUUUUCAAAAGGAGAUUGUGAAACCUCAGUGUGCAGCGGAAGUAAAUGUGCAAAUGAAAUCCAUUGAUGUGAAAAAGCUGAAAUCUGCGGACACAAUGAAAGACUUGUUGAUUUUAAUACAGGGAAUUUUGCUGUUCCUUUGUCUCACCCUGCCAGGAAUGCUGUUCUUCGGAAAAAACAAUCAAAGGAAAAAGAAAGAUGAUGAAGCCGAGACUUACCACAUGUAUGAGGGUUUGGAAGUUAUGCAGACAGCCAUGUAUGAAGACAUUGGUAACAUGAGAGCAUCUGAAGAUAAAUUAUCUGUUGCUGAGCAGCCUAAUGAGUAAAUUCCACAAUCACAUCAUGAACCCACAACCAUGUUUCCUUGAACAAUGUAAUGAUAUGUUGAAAAUAAUAUUAUUAACUCAAGACAGAACAGCCAUGCAGAAUAUGGUUAAGGGAUGGUUUACAGACAUGAAUAUGCUUCCAGGCUGAUCCUGAGCUAGUAUGUAAAUGUAUAACAUAAUCAUAAAUAGGAAUGUCAUCCUUAGUACAGGGAAAGGAUCCAUAGUCAGCUUCUGCCUUCCAUUGUAUUGUGAAACUUGUACAGUUUUCACUUGAUUUCAUUCUUCAACAAUGGGAAGCCUCGUGUAAAGGAAUUGACUGCAUAAAUGAAAUUGCUGUUAGAUUAGGCAUAAAAUUCUGAAGGUGCUAAUUAACAAUAUAUAGACAUUUAACAUGCACACUUUAAAGCAGGAUUAUAAGAAUUGAUGAAAAAGAAAUGUAAAAUAAAUUUAUUUUCUUAUUAGGAUAACAGGCAAUCACAAUAUAUAUAAGCUGAUCAUGUUUGUACUCCAUGAAAAAACAUUCCAAAAUAAUGAAGAAUAUUCCAUUAGAGAGAGGAAAAAAAACUAGAGGAAUACUUUUUCUUGUGUUGCUAAAUAUGAGAUGCACUAUAUUAUUCAAUGAGGUUGUUAGUAAUAAGGAACAAUAAUCAUGUUACUUCAGCGAAUCGGGGAUAAUUUCUUAGUCCUUGAAUAGUGUGGACAAAAGCGUACGUGAAUGGAAGCAUGCAAUAAAUGGUCACAGUGACACCAUAAACUGCAGGUGCUAUUUAAGUGGUUGGAAAUGUCACUUCAACCCCAGGAUGACAUAACAUUCAUAAACAGCACACAAAGCAAACUGCGGUCUGUAUGACUUCUUCAAAGUGAAUCCAGGUGCACUGAUACAUUGCUUCUCUGCCAAUCUGCUGUGCUUUCUAUUGUUUUCACCUCAGCUGGUGCCAUGGUGGAAAAGGUUUCAGUUUUAAUGAAUUAAAACAAAUGAUUUAACCAUAGAUAGCACCAUGCUUACCUAUUUUAAUAUAUAGUAAUUUACUUCAAGUUAUUUCAAGAGAAUUUUCCACCUUGUAUAUGUUAUGUAAAUAGCUGAAGGAGUGUAUGCUGUUAUUAAAGAUAACAUUCAUUUUCAAAUGUAUUUGUUUAACCUUGCAGUAAAUGCUGAUUUUAGUUAUCCAUCUGCUGUAGAACUCCUGGGAAAAUUAUA